AUGACGCGGCUAGGAAGAAAGCCCCAGAUCCCAAAAAAGGGACAUAGUACACAGCCAGAACAGAUCAGGAAAAGACGACAUAACCUUUUCAAGCGCCUUGCAGAGUUUAAUGAUCGCUAUGGUAUGGACAUAUGGAUGAUCAUGAAAACGCCGAACGGCAGGAUCUACACCUUCUACACCAACCCCGAUGAGCAUGUUCCCACAGAAGAGGAGAUGAUCGAAAAUAAACAGCCUGUUAUUCACAAAACUCCGGCCGAUUAUGCGUCUAAGCCUCGGGAUUCAUUUGUAAUUCGUGACCCACCCCCUUUGCUUCUUCCACGCCCACCAUAUGACGGAAACUCGAUUCUAUCCGCAGAAACUCGGGCAAAUCGGCCGUCAAAUAAUUCAACAACAAAGGCAUUCUCUGGGAAGGAAUCGCUUCAUUGGACCCAUAGCAAUACUGUCCACACUAUUUCAUCACCAACCAAAACUGUGCAUUAUAGCCCUGUGCAGCACAGUGGCACAGAGAAAGUAACACACCCGGGAACGGUACAGUCUUCUAUCGCACAGAAUACAUUGCAGUCCCUGUAUUCCACAAAACCACCAACGGCCUUUGACCCCUCAGUUAUUUCAAAAUCUGUAGCAAUCCAUGAUUCUGUUGAUCAUGGUGUGGAGACCACCACCAUACCGCCGGCUUCUUUGGAUCUACCUGCUUCUUCAUUGGCCGGAACAUUGACAGAUGUCAGCGCUGCCAGCGAUGAUGUUUACACCCAUCCCAGCUCAAUAAUGUCAUCUACUAUGACUACAUUACCAACAUCAUAUGGUUUGCCAAUCUACAGCAGCAAUACUCAGCCCUCGUUUGACAACGGCCACCACAGUAGCAUCCCGCUCUCCACGGUGUCCAACAUGCCCACAAUAAUCAGUCAAGCCGAUUCCAACUAUGACGAAAUUUUGGGAAAUAAUCCCACUUCAACAAGAAGUGCAACUUCUUUCAAUGAUAUUGAGGCUCAAACACAAAGUGGUCUUAAACCUGGAGAUGUACUUACGUCAGUGAGGUCACUCAGAGACUUAGAUGUCUCACAUACACUCACAUCAAGUUGUGACCCUGAUUCAUGCUCAUCAGUAUCCACUCAUUCAUUGACACAAUGGCAACACAGUGCCAUCCAACUAGACCUACACCCAUCUACCACAAGUGUUAGUUUACCAUCCGUAUCAAGUGAUAAAUUGCAAUUGUCAGAUACAGUUGGCUGGGAAACAUCUCAUCUUAAAGCACAUACUACCCAGAAAUUUAAUUCUGAAGACCAACAAACUGGUACAUUCAUCUCCGUUUUUUCACAAGCCACAACUUUGCCGAUAGCUUUCCCGGGCCCAUCAAAAGAUGUCACGUCUCUUCAUAGUAUACCCCGUGUAAAAAUGACACAGAGUGAUACCACAUCCACAUCGGGUCUGUUGGAAACCAUUACCAGCUUUACAUUUACCCUAAGUGAAACUUCUGGUUCCAUGGUUCCGGCCCAAACAGGGAGUGCCGCGAGCGAACAAACUAGUUCCACGAGUCAAUCGCCAAAUUCAGACAACUCGAGCGACUCACACCCCGUUUUGAGUAGUAGUGUCGAAAUUGCCGCGGGCGCCGUCGGCGGUGCUGUCUGUCUUGCAUUGGCCGUAUUCUUCUUCACAGGUCGUCUCCGAAGGACGACGGGCACUAUUCCAAUUAGGAAUGAAACUAACCCUAACAUGUCCCAUUUUUCGUUUGACUCUUAG